AUGCAGAUCUUCGUCAAGACCCUCACGGGCAAGACGAUCACCCUUGAGGUGGAAUCGUCAGAUACUAUCGACAAUGUCAAGAGCAAGAUUCAAGACAAGGAGGGCAUCCCACCCGAUCAACAGCGACUGAUCUUCGCCGGCAAGCAACUCGAAGACGGCCGGACUCUCUCCGACUACAAUAUCCAGAAGGAAUCCACCCUCCAUCUCGUCCUCCGACUCCGUGGGGGUGCGAAAAAGCGCAAGAAGAAGGUCUACACCACACCCAAGAAGAUCAAGCACAAGCGCAAGAAGACCAAAUUGGCUGUGCUCAAGUACUACAAGGUGGAUGGCGACGGGAAGAUUGAGCGCCUGAGGAGGGAGUGUCCAACGCCCGAGUGUGGUGCUGGUGUCUUCAUGGCAGCCAUGCACAAUCGGCAGUACUGCGGCAAAUGCCACCUGACCUACGUCUUUGACGAGUCGAAGUAG